AUGUAUGGCAUUCCCCUUAAGUUAUGGACUCCAAAAGGCCUCAAUUACAUAGCAAGUGCUAUUGGAAAUCCUCUUUAUGUGGAUUCCAUCACUAAAGAAGGGACAAGAUUGGAUUAUACAAGAAUUUGUAUUGAGAUCAAGUUAGAUGCGGAGUGCCCCGAUUCUAUUUGCUUAUCUUUGCCAAAUGGAGAAUGCAUGGUAAUCAAUGUAGAAUAUAGUUGGAAACCUCUUAAGUGCAAUGGAUGUCAAUGUUUUGGACACUCCACAGCAAAUUACACCUUAGCAACUAAGCUAGGAGAUGACUCAACAUCACGAAAAAUAUUGAAGGAUGGGGUUGGAAUUGUGUUACCGAGGAAACCAAAUGGGAAAGACAAAAUGGUGCAAGAAGCCAAAGGCUAUGACAAGAAAACCAAAGCUAUUAAGGAGUCCCAAGAGCUAGAUAAAGUGAGUAUAUUGCUGAAUAAGGAGGAGAAACAUGAGAACACCACUAGUGUUGCAAAAACAGAAGGAAAGAAGUAUGUAAGCGAAGCUAGCAUAUCGAAGGAGACUCGUCUUUCCACGGCAGCAAGUGAAAGUGUUCGAGAGAAUGAUGAAACUUCCAUAAACACCAUUAAAACAUGA